AUGACGGCGAUCUACAUCAAGAACCGCCUGCCUUCACCCAAGAUCGACCACAAGACUCCGUUCGAGAUCGUGUACAAGUCGAAACCAAGUGUCAAGCACAUGCGCGUGUUUGGAUGUCGGGCGUUUAUCCUGACACCAAGGGAGAAGCGAUUGAAGUGGGACCCGAAGGCUCGUGAAGGGAUGUUCAUGGGCUACGAAGAAGCGUCAAAAGCUUAUCGAGUGUACGACAUUGAGGCGGACCAAGUGGUGAUCAGUCGUGACAUCACCUUCGACGAAUCGACUUUUGACUUUUCGAUGGACCGACCAAGUGACGACGAUGAAGAUGCGGAGUUGGACCUCGACCUCCUGGCGAUCAACGAGGACGACGUGCGUCAAACCGUCUACAAGCAGACUGGCAAGCGCAAGAGUGAAGCAAGACCCGGCAUGUCACGUUCAGCUCGCCCUCGAACUGGGUUGGAACAAGCAAGUGCGCCGGAACACGUCUCCAACCGUCACCAGAAACGACGAUCAAGUGCUCCAGAAACGAUGUCUGAUGACGAAGAAGAUGCAAGCUGUUGUAACUUGAGCGCGAGGCGAAGAGAAAACGAAGCGGAGAGACCGGAGAGAACGAAGCAGAGAACACUUGCUCACUUGAGGGAGGAUUCGAAAGUGAUUGAUUUAUAG